AUGACAAUCAUCGAUAAUCUUGAGGACAUCUUGAGUUGUACAUUCAAAGAAAUUAGUAAAUUGGACUAUAAUAGUUGGAGCCUGACCUAUGUGGUCAAGUUGGCCAUCGUCAUCGACGACUUCGAGCAGUUGGCCACGCGAACUGUGCACAGAAAUGCUCUGGUAUUUCCUGAUGUUGACAUGAAUGACUUGAUAUUAGGUAAGAUGAAUUUGAUUGAAGGCGUAUCCGGUGAAUUGCAUUAUGAAGAGCAUAAAGAGUAUGUCUAUGAUACAACCUCUACGGCAACAUUAAAAGUACCCCAGGGCAAGUACCAAAGUGUUGUCACACAACGGGCCCGGGCACAUAUCGUCAAGCAUUCACCAUGUGAAUUCUCGCUAAAGUUGAGUGGCGUAUCACUGACUGGUAUGGAUGUUCCAAAGGAUUGGGCACGCACACUCGAGGCACAUUCAUUGAGAUUCGGUUUCGAUGACGGAGAGAUUGUUGGGGUGUGCCCCACUGAAGCGGAUCCAGUUUGGGCGGUGAAUCUGAAACGAGCCGUUCUUUCAGCAUUC